AAUCUUCUUGCCUAUUCUUGCCCUUCGACUGUAGAUCUACGCUCGGACAGCUCAGCGUUGAGCCUGAUGUCAGGAGAGUUCUGUAGUUUUUGGAGGUCAUCUUUCGAUCGGAUGUGUAAAAGAGUUGCACCCUGCUUCUGUCGCGCAAAUAUAGAGGCCCGUUUGCACCAGCAAUACUCAUAGCCGUGUUGCUUCACUGUUUGUUUAGCAUCUCGAAAUAACUGCCGGUUUUCCUUGUUGAAAAAAGACUUUAAGGGACGGUCCAUCCAGGCCAACAGCUGAGCUUAUUACAUUGCAGCGCGAUCGGGAACUGUUCACUUUUUUGGUACGUAGAAGGCGCACGACAACUGUACGCAGGUAUCUGAGCUCCUUUCCCUUAGGGCCCGCACGAUGUAUCCAAUCCACAUAAUUUUCGGUCACCUCUACGCCAACUGCCCGGGCUCCGAGUUGCACGACGUGUUGCAGGUUCUCGUUAGUUGACUCCAUUAUGCCACAUAGUACCACUUCGUUACGCAAUUGGUAUUGUUCCCGUGCGUUCAUCGUUUGUUCCAUGUGGGCAACCUUCUCCUGUAGCAUUGAAACUUCCGCGUCUCUCUGUUCGAGUCGUUUCAACCGGGUAUCAUGAACCUUCGACAGCUCGUCGAGUCUGUCGUGACAUCGCUUCAGAGAGGACGUCGCCUCUUCCAGUUCGGUUUUAAGACCUUGUAUUUCGUUGGUGAGCGCGCGGACUUCAUACACUAAGGCUUUAACUUCGCUUUGCGGGGCAUCGGCUUCGUUCUUCCUGCGGUUGUUCUGGUCCUCGCUGCAGGCCCUUAUCGGUGUGUGUGUGUUGUCCCCGCCCUUUUUUUGCGCGGCGCUGCAGUCUGGGCAUUUCCAUAUUUUUUUACGGUCAGCCGGAUAGAGCAGUUUCUGGAGCACCCGUCACAUUUCAUUUUGUAAGUUUUUAUAAUGACAAUCUCACUGAGGCAAAAUACACAAUCACUAUUACGCGCGCAGUCUGCGAUCAGUACUCUUUGAUGCGCCGUGCGUCACAACUGAUAACGUAAUACCGCUGGACAGCUACACUCCACUGACCACUUUAGGCCCUAUGCGCACAGUUGCCAUUCGCGCGCAGCCGGGCGUGUGUAUGUUUCGCUACCCGUGCAGGGUAAAAGGUAACGUGUUUACAUUGAUACUAAUUUUGCUUUUAUUUUGGACUAAACGGAUACGCAAACACUUUUAAACACAUCACUAUCAUUUUACACAGUUUGUAAUUUUAUUGCAGUAUUUAAAAUUUUAAUUAUGAUAAAGGAAUAUUUUUAGACGGAGAGAUAACUUAACGUUACUGUCAGUUAGACCGACCGGUCAAAGAUGACAUACACAUUGUCAGAGUAUACAGAUAUUACAGACAUAUCGUGCGCACAUGACACUAAAAUGUUUCUAGUAUAAUCGUACAUAACACUACCUCUCUGUGAUUUAAAUCAGGAAAAUCUUAACCGCUCUCUCUCUUUCAUAAUUUACCGUCACGUCUCAAUACUCUCCAUUCAAACAACCCAAAAAACGACGUACUUAGCCCGGCUAAACCUACCAUAUAAAAGUGCAAAAUGCAUUAGGAUUUGAAACUAAAAGAACUAGAUAAAGUUACAAGAAAUAAACUGCAUUUUGAAACCAGAAAUAAACUGUAUUUAAAGAUCUUCAGAAGUUUUGUGUUAAAUUGUUUUACUUUUAGGUAUAAAUAAAACGUGAAUCAAAUCAUUUUCUUUUAAUUACAGACAUAGGGUACCUUGACAAUAUUUAUUCUGUAGGAACUACACCAUCCAUUUUCAUGUUAAAAGAAUAUCCAAACUAUCCAGUACUUUAAAUAAAAUUCAAACCCAGGUUCUAGAUAAUGAUUUUCUUUUAAAUGAUUGAAUGCAGUUUCACUACCUUUUUGAAUCUCUCACAUCUAUCUUAUCUUAGAUUUUUCAUACAGACCAAUUUUUCUAGCGAUAGCAUAGAGCUCCAGUAUGUGGGGAGAUUCUAGGAUGUCAAUUCUAAACGUGGGAAUGCCUCUAUUAGUAAUGUCAUUCAAAGUAUCAGAGUCUAGUAUCUGCUCUGCCUAUGAGUUCGUUUUGUGAUGUGCGUAGGUACGAGUAGAAUAGUGUCAGCACAUUUUGAGUGACUUGUUCACGUAGUCUAUUCGUAAUUCUGUUUAUAAUACCCCAAUAGGUACUUUGUACAGUUUAAAAAAAGUGUACAAUUACAUUCUGAAAAUACCAAGAUGAGCCAAGUAUGUUUAUUGUGCUGCUUGUACGCGCGUUGUAUACUAUCCACCUUUUUAGGAGGAACCCUUAUAGGUAUAGUUUCGCCAUGCCCGUCUGUCCAUCUGCGGCUUAGCUCAAUCAUAGCUAGAAUAAGAUAGAUAGUUAGAUAGAUAUAAUAUGGUAGCUGCAUUGGCAUGCUACCAUAACCAUUGUUUUAAGUGAAAGCACACUUUCCCUAUAAAUUAUCAAGAUAUUUGAAUCAGAUAUUUUUAAAAGUAGCUCUUUAAAAAAUCAAUUACCUAGGUAUGAAAUGAGUGAAAAUAAGAAAACAAACUUAGGAUCUGGAUAUGAUUAUCGAGAAUUUUCAGAUUUAAAUUUUAUCCUCCACUGGGUAUUUUUGGGGAUCAAACUUGAGUAUUUCUCGAAAUGGUAAUUUUUCGCUUCUAAGACAACGAAAGUUAUUUCAUGAUAACAGAAGACCAAGUACCUAUUUAAAAAAACUUACCUUUGACAUGCCACCGAGUUGACAAAGUAUAUAGUUAAUCGCAAAAAUGAGAAAAUAAAGAUAAAAGUUAAGGUAAAGAAAGUUCUACUUUAGUUUUGUUACGAGUAUUAUACAACGAAAAAUGCGGGCUCGGCGAGCGCAACUCAAGGCCCUCCAUAUUUUGAUCGAGCCUAAUGUAUGAAUGGCCUUGAUUUUGCAGUUAAGUGCAAGUAUGAAUUUAUAAAAUUUUCAACUUUAGAUACUAGAUAGAUACUGCUUGGACGUUAUUUAUACUCGUACCUACGGUAAAAUAGUAAAUUGGUGUGGUUUAGCAUAUCAAGAACCACAAAUGAUAUCCUCUUUUUAUUAAAUCGGUGUACAUGUAAACACUAUUUAAUUUCUCAGGAAGGAGGAAUCGCUCAGAUGUUUUUUCUCGCGUUUCAUCAUGCUAGCCGCACUGCUUAAUAGUUGUUAAGUAACACAUAGGUAUGUAAUGUACCUAUUUUAAUCUUUUUCGAAGAUAUAUUACUCAAUUGUCAAAAUUCUUGGUAAAAAAUCGUACAAAGCCCUGCGAAGGUACCUUUUGUGAAGGAUGUGUAAUUACGGAACCCUACAUUGAGUAAGGCCCGACAUGCCCCUGGCCGGUUUUUUUAAUUCAGUUCCCAAAGCUUAAAUUGCAAUUUGCUCAUAAUGCAGUAAUAGUGUAGGUACCUUUACACCUGGAUCUGUAUAUUUCAAGACUCAGAUAUUAUAUGAACACAAUCGUAAAAAAAUAAAUUAUUAGCCAUUUAUUUCUUGAUGAUAGCAGUUUGUUAUCAACGAUUAUCUAAGACAUGAAAUAUCGCCGUGUGAUAGGGUUCGAGCGAGGCGACACAACAUGCGCGGCUGACACACUUCUCGCGAUACGAAGCUAAUUAUUAAGCUAACUGAAUCACUUUAAUGCUCACUACGUCCUACCAUUCAGCUGCAACAUAACAUCCGAUAAACCUUUACUCGCUCAUUUUUAGGCAUAAAACGAGUGAAGUAGUUGCUUUACGCCUUAAACGUACAGGUGGCACGUGCAUACCUGCCUUAUUAAUAUUAUUGGUAGUAAGUGCCUGGCUGCUGAUAAGACGUGGACGUACCCGCUGCUUUACCGUGUUUACAUUCGUUGAGUAACAUGCCGUCGUUCCUCUUGUGACAUCGACACGCUCGUUAGUGCUUAGAAAUGAUUCAGUGUUAAAUUUAAAUGUGUGAUUGAAUUCCAUGUAAAUCAUUAACCAACCCGAGGUCCCGCGGGGUCACUGCGAUCGCUCUUGUCGAUAAGUGUUGUCGUCACACUUUCUUGAGUGUUGUUUAAAAUGAUGUGCACAGGUGUUAUAAUGUCAGUAGUCCGAAAUGUUACUACUCGUAAUUUAAUAAGUGGAAGCCAGGACUAAAUUUGCUGGUAGAUUUUAUUAUAUCACUAUAUUAGUUGUGGUGUUUCAGUGAUUAACGUGUGACACGUUGUUAUUAAAAAUAUGGAUAGGUUUAGACAAAAAACGAAAAAAGAUAAACCCAUGAAACAUGCGGAAAAAGAGAAAUCUCCUAUGUUCACGGACGUAAAGACUAUAAAAGAAAAUUUAAAAAUAAAGGAGAUAUUGAGAUCUGUAAAAAUGAAUAAUAGUAUGCGAAUCAAGGCACCACGAGGCAGUGUUGUGAUGGAUAAAAAUGAGUUUACUGAUGUCCAAGAAGAUGGUUCCGAUGAUCACAGUGACCUCCAAGACACAAAACCUGAUGAUGACUUGCAAGAAGCCAAGAACUUCGAUAUAGUGAAUAAUUUAUUACACGAGAGUAAAAAUCCGAACACACAUUUGCAAAAUGAAAUUUCUACGAAUACGGAACAACAACCUGAGCCCUAUCAGGACAACUUGCAACUUGCGCACGAUACUGACUAUAACAAUCAUUCGACUCAAGAUACUGAAAUGUCUGCUUCAAAAGUGGAAUGUAUGAGAGAGCCCGAUGUAAACCAGGAAAACUUAAAAAGCGAAGAAUCCGCCUCUAAACCUGAUUCACUACAAACCAAAACACACAUCGUAAAAAAUCGGGAGCGGAAAUUAUCUUUAGACAACACUAUGUUAACCCGGCGAGAGAGUUUGUCUCAAUCAGAAAUGGAUCUGCAUUCUAUAGGAAAAUCUCCGCUGGAGAGAAAAUCGUCAUUUUUUAGGAAAAAAAUGGACAGUUUCUUAAAGAACACAACAGAGAUUUUUAAGAGACAGUCGUUAGGGAGCAAGUCUCACAGUAUGUCCCGUAGAGGCUCCAUGUCAGUUUCCCUUCAGUCUUUAAAUGAAAACGUGGAUACGGUCGGAGACGAAUACAACAGAUCUGCACUUAGUCAACAGGAGGUGCGAGGGAGCGCGGCGAGCGUAGCGUCGAACUCGACGCUUGGUGUGAGCGAGCGCGACAGCGCGGGCAGCCAGCCUGUCCUCUCGGCCAGCCAACCCAGCGUCGUGCACAGGCAGGGCAGUCCCACCAGCACUAAUGGAGCAUAUAACCAGGACUCACUCCUCAAUUCUCGAGCUAUUUCCAUGAGCUCGGGGUUAGACUCCGCGUUCGGACAGCGGCGCCGGAAGACGUCUAAAUCCAACAGAGUCACAUGGGUGGCUAGUGAAGGUUUGACCAACUACCUACGCCGUUCGACUCAAGAUGAAACGAGCAGGGAGAUGUACGCAGCCCAUUCGUACCAGGACUUCUCGAGCAUCCCCGAAAACUCGCUGCACGAGCCGAAGACCGACUCGAAGGGCCGGCGGCUCUCCUACCAACGUGCCGUGUCCGGCGAGGAUCCCGCGCCCAGAUACGACUCCAGCUUGAAGAGAAAACCUUUAAUUCCUGAACAUUCAGAGGCUAACUUCGAGCUGUCAAACCAAUUGGCGGAAUUCACAAGGAAUGGUGUACCUCCGUUGGAGGGUUUCGAAUUCACUGACAACGACCAGCCUCACUACCGCUACCUCCUGUGGGCCGAGGAGCGAACCAACAUUGACGGAGUUUACGACUGGACUCAACUGAGUCCCAAUGAAGAAGCAAGGCAGGCAGUGAUACGAGAGCUGAUCAGCACCGAGGCUGAUUAUCUACGGCACCUCAUUUCCUUAGUGCAGGUAUUUAUGGCAGCGGCGCACGCGCUGCAGGACAGCGGCAGGAUGCUGGCGGUGGACACGGCGCGCCUGUUCUCCAACAUACCCGAUGUGCUCAACGCAAGCCUCGCCUUCUGGGAAGCCACUUUCUAUCCUAUGCUCCAAGAUGCACACGAAAAUGGCACUCCUUAUAAUACAGAAUUUAUGUCGAACGGUUUUGGUCAUUUUCGUGAAAUAAUGCAACCGUACGAGAGGUACGUCAACGACCAGACCAAAGUGUUGGACUAUUUUCGCACGCUUUCGAACAACUCGGACUUCAUGGCGUACUUGGGAUGGUGUCACGGGCACAGGACGUGCAACAGGCUGCAAUUAGCUGAUCUGAUGGUAAAGCCCAUGCAACGCCUCACUAAAUACGGGAUUCUCCUGCGGCGCAUCAUCUCGCACACGGACGCCGAGCCUGAAAGGACCUCGCUUAAAAUUAUGGAGACAAAUGCUAAAAAUUAUGUACUUGACAUAAACCGUACGAUAAGGCAACGCGAAGAGUUGGAAAGACUGGAGCAGCUCGCGAACUCUAUUGACGUUUUUGAUGUGGACUUUAGGGACGAAGACAUGGACAGAUAUUUUCGAAUGUACUCUCACAUUAACCUGCGGGCGCCGAUGGUAAACUGUUUGCCAAGCCACAGCAGAACUAUAAUCUAUCAAGGUGACCUUCGAUACAGAGACAACGUCAAGGAGAUCGACGUACGUGUGAUUCUAUUAACUGACAUGAUGCUUAUAUGUAAAAAAAUGUCUAAGGGAAGCGUGUACCCUUUCAAAUUAAUAAGGCCUAAAUAUAUGGUGGACAGAAUGAUCCACUUCCCACGAUACAGCACAAGGAACCCUAGGGAACUGGCGUCCUUAAUAUUUGUCAUGGUCGACGAAGUAGGCUCUUCGUACCAUAGUUUUUCUCUGUCUGAGCCAGCUAAGGACCCCAACCCUCAAGGCACGUUAAAGAUAUGGGAACAAAAACUACGAGAGGCUAGGCUCACAUACGACCUCGGCGUGUGGUUUGCCAGAAACCCGUCUCGGGAUCUCUCUGAAGUAGACGUGGAUUCUUCUUCCGACUACGGUGCCGCUGGAACUAGCUCCGCAAAAGCGAGCAAGCAGAACUCGGACGACGUGAACAUCGAGCGCGAGGCGCGCGAGCGGGUGGCCGCUAUGCUGCACCGCAGCAUGGGCGCCUCCACUGAGUAUGACUUCUCACAGGCUUCUAUGAACACCGACUCCUUUGAUGGCGAGGCAUCGGGCGCCGCGGGUGCGAGCGGGCGUGCGCCUACACUGCACAGCCUACGUCAUCCCAUGCAGCGGAACUCCACCAGCGGUAGCUCGCGCCAGAGUCGUCUCUCAAGCUUCCAGUACUCCACCAGCGCGGCGUCCCACGACGAGCCGCAGCCUGGGCCCAGUCGGUGUAACUACUACCGCGCCGGCAGCUCCGUGGAGCACGUCAUUCCUCCCCAAAACCCUGAUGAUGCUGUCACAUCAAUUACUGUGAACGUGGUUAGCGAGAGUGAAUCGGAAACAGUGGUGCCGUCGCAUCAGCAGCCGGGGCCGUCCGUGCGACUACCGUUGCGCAGCCCGAGCGCCACCGCCGCGCACAACACGCUGCGCGUACAGCCGCAGAGCGGCGUGCUGGCGCUCGUGCACAGCCUGCCUGACCUCACCAUCGACCCGUCCUCGCCGCCCGCACGCCCUGCGCCACCACCAACUCCUCAAACGGCGUCAGAAAAACUAUACCAAUCUCAUCAGGAGUUGCUACAACGAAACCGGCUGUCUGCCACGCACCAUCACCAAUACCUGAGCCCCGACCACAGGGGCACCAGUUAUCCACCUCCCAGCCCGACUAGGGCCGCAUUGAGGCGCGGCAUGGCUUUCUCCGACUCAUUCAAGUACCCUCCGCUGUCGAAAAUGGGCCACGUGAACAGCCAAUCGCAGCAGCAGCAGGCCGAGCCGCAGCCCGGGCCCUCCACCUCCGCUGCUGUACGGAGCGAACAAGGAGCCGUUAAUCCAGUAAUAGUCCCAAGUACCGGCACGGAGAAGGAGAAGAAGUCAAAACACCUGAUUAGCAGCAGGAACAAAGGAGGCAGCAAAAGCGAGAGCGCGAGCGGCCGCCGUAAGGACAAGCAGGCGGAAUGACGCCGUGCCAAGUCGAAAGACUGAAGGGGGAAGAAGAAACGCAAGUCACGCGACUUGCGUCAAUGGCUUUACAAAUGGUGCUGUCUUUGUUAAUGUGAUAGCCCGAAGGGCAGAGUGAGAACUUAUAUUUAGAUAGUUUUACAUUUGUAACAGCCAACGAAAACACUUGUAUGUUUGUGACCGUGGUGAAACUCAAAAUAAACUUUGACCGCGCAUCUCUGAUGCCAAGCCAUGCAGGAGCCGUAACAACGAUGAAUAAGGGACCAGCCUUUGGAAAUCUGGUAACCGUGCCAUACUCAGUAUACUCACGUCGUCGCUUGACCCCUUCGUUCAUAUUCUGGACAGACUGUACUAGAACCGGGUUGGAGCUACCGUAUGUGUAGUAUGUAUGGCGGCUAUACAAGUAUACACACUACUGAUAUAUUCUCAUGAGACCUACAACUAGUUACCAAGUACUUUGCUGAAUACCUUCUUGUACUCAUUCUUUAGGUUUGUUUACUUCUGUGUAAUAGAUACUUAACUAAACUAAACGGCCGAUUUAACCGUUUUAUAAUAAAUUUAUCUAAAAGUACCAAUACAUAACCAUAUACAAAUCACUUUCCUAUCACUUUCCAUUCUGAAAGGAUUUUUUUAAUGUUUCUUAAUUCUAAGAUAGAAAUUUAUAUUCUGCCUGCCCCCGAUGCAUAUAUGUUCUCGUCUAGUCAGAGCAUUUCCUGAGGUUAUCAUUUAUACAAAAAAAAUGUUCUAGAUAAAUAAAAACAAUAGUGCUUGGGACUGACACUAAAGAUAGAUAGCAAGCAAAAAAGUCUUCUUUUAAAAUAUGGCUAAGCGAAAAAUCGAUUUAUAUAAUUUUUAUUUUGGUAGGAAUAUAGAUAUCAGAUGUAGAAAGGGCUAAGUUAAUACAUAAAGUCAAUACAAUAACGUCAUAUAGUGACAUGAACAUUGUAUAGUCUUCUUCUUUCUCUUUGCCUUAUUCCGGUUAUUUGAGUCGGCUUUCCUCGUUCGCAUGCGCUAGGACCGUCCUCCUGAGUUGUCUUUGGGGUAUGUUGGGCUCGAUCCAAGUCGCGGGUCACUGUAGACCAACAUGUGGCUUUAGGCCUUUCUUGUCUGCUCGCUCGAACUACGAGAUCUUCGGGGCGCCUCAUCACGUGGCCGUACCAUCGAAGCCUACUUUCUGUGACUUUGCUUGUGAGGGGUGCAACUUUGUAACUAUACCUCUAAUGUAUUCAUUGCUUUUUCAAGUUUUGUUACUCCUGCCGCCCGCCUCAGCAUAUUCAUCUCUGACAUGUGUCUGACAUCUGUCUUGUGAAAAAUACAUAGUAACAUUAUACAUUAUGAAUAAAAUAAAAAGAAAAGCGGCCAUGUGCGAGUCGGACUAGCCCAUGAAGGGUUCCGUACCAUUUAUGACGUAUUAAAAAAAACUACUUAGUAGAUCUCGUUCACACCAAUUUUCGGUGGAAGUUUGCAUGGUAAUGUAUAUCAUAUAUUUUUUUAGGUUUAUCAUUCUCUUAUUUUAGAAGUUACAGGGGGGGGGGACACAUUUUACCACUUUGGAAGUGUCUCUCGCGCAAACAAUUCAGUUUAGAAUAAAAUUAUAUUAGAAACCUCAAUAUCAUUUUUGAAGACCUAUCCAUAGAUACCCCACACGUAUGGGUUUGAUAAAAAAAAAAUUUUAUUUUAUGACGUAUUAAAAAAACCACUUACUAGAUCUCGUUCAAACCAAUUUUCGGUGGAAGUUUUCAUGGUAAUGUAUAUCAUAUAUUUUUUUAGGUUUAUUAUUCUCUUAUUUUAGAAGUUACAGGGGGGGGAGGACACACAUUUUACCAUUUUGGAAGUGUCUCUCGCGCAAACUAUUCAGUUUAGAAUAAAAUUAUAUUAGAAACCUCAAUAUUAUUUUUGAAGACCUAUCCAUAGAUACCCCACACGUAUGGGUUUGAUAUUUUUUUUUUUUAAUUUUAUGACGUAUUAAAAAACUACUUACUAGAUCUCGUUCAAACCAAUUUUCGGUGGAAGUUUGCAUGGUAACAUCAUAUAUUUUUUUAGGUUUAUCAUUCUCUUAUUUUAGAAGUUACGGGGAGGGGGGGACACAUUUUACCACUUUGGAAGUGUCUCUCGCGCAAACUAUUCAGUUUAGAAAAAAAAUACAUUAGAAACCUCAAUAUCAUUUUUGAAGACCUAUCCAUAGACACGUAUGGGUUUGAUGAAAAAUUUUUUUUUGAGUUUUAGUUCUAAGUAUGGGGAACCCCGAAAAUUUAUUGUUUUUUUUUCUAUUUUUGUGUGAAAAUCUUAAUGCGGUUCAUAGAAUACAUUUAUUUACCAAGAUUGAACAGUAUAGUUCUUAUAGUUUCGGAAAAAAGUGGCUUUGACGUACAGACAGACGCACAGGACGAAUCUAUAAGGGUUCCAUUUUUUACCAUUUGGCUACGGAACCCUAAAAACAAUCAAUACCUGGAGGGCUAAGAUGGUCGGCUUUUUAUCAUUUGUCACCAUGCCUGUCACGUUCUAACAAGUAAAUAAGUGCGAAAGUCACUGGCAUAGUGUCAGACGAUAAAAAUAGAACCAUGCUGCCACCGCUGGAUGAAGAUUACAUUAUAAAAAUCUUAACAUAAACAAUUACUACAAUAUAACAGAAAUGUAUAAUCUAUAUGGGUAAAUAUAUAUUAAAUUUGAAGAUGUAAACGAUCCACAAAGUCAGAGUAGAUACUGAUAAGUUUUAGACAUGUAAAAGGUCCCCACGGAGAGAAAAAAAAAACAAUAAUAUAUAAUAAGGUUUGGAGGUGCAAAGGCUCUCCAAGUGUCAAAGAAAUAAAAUGAAAUGUUUUAUUGUCUACAUGUAAGAGAGAGUAGGGAAAGCAACACGGCUUUGCCAAUGUACUGUCUUCGAGCCCAUACAUGCAAAAGUGCAGUAGUAAAGGAUUUGGUCAAAGUUUUAUACAUCCAUUUUUUCAACAAAAAAAGUUUUAUGCGAUUUAAUUAUACGAUUAAAUUAAACUAGAUUCAACGUUAAGGAUGACUCACGCUAGACCGGCCCGUCCCCGGGCCGAGGCGUUCAACACGUCAUUUUCUAUGACGGCUGAUCGCCGGUGAUAACGUGGUGCUUUCCAUAGAAAACAAAGCUCCGGAAGCUCCGGCCCGGCCCGGUCUAAUAGCUUGAGCCAUCCUUUAUUUAUAUUUGUCCCAUUACGAAGUCAUUUGAUUUACAUACUUAUGCUAAAUAAUUUAAAUAUUUGUAUUUCACUAGAUGAAUACUGCGUCGGGGGUUAUCUGUGUUAGUCGUUUAAUUAGAUUAAGGAAAAUGUAUCGUGCCUGUUGAUUCAUAAUGUGGAAAUAUAUAUUUGUGUAAUUAUAUAUCUAAAUAUAACCGUGGGAUCAUCAAACUUUCCCCGUCUUGUGAAAAAUACUAUAAAGCACUAACAAAGGAAUACAUGGUAACCUAUAUCGCAAAAUGUCACAUAAACUAAAUAAUUAAUUUGUUAUAAGGGAGUCUCAAUAAGAGUGCAUGAUUUGAAUUUUGUGUAUUUUUCGUGUAUGUACCACAUGACUGAAACUGACAGCUAUCACCUAUGAUUGUUUCGAUUAAUAAUAACCGGCCAAGAGCAUGUCGGCCCAUGCUCAGUGAAGGGUUCCGUAGUUGCCCUUCCGUCACAAUAAGCUAAACGAGAGGUAUUAACAGAGUACAGUAGAUGGUUAACCAAGGGAUGAACUCGUGCCAUUCAUCCGAGUUAAACACCCUACUGUCAUAUUGAAUGCGAGGAAACCAAAUAGGUAAGACAAGGCAAAUUUGCAUAAUCAGUAAUUAAAGUAACAGACGUAUGGCCAUGUUUUUUCCUUAGGACUUACUUGCAAUCGGAGACUUUGCAUGUCUGGAGAUAUAUUAACCCAUAACAAAAAACAUUUAGAUUUCAAUAUUAAUGAAAAUAAUUAUAUAUUUUAGCAAACUGCGGUAAUUUUAAAAUGAUUUGUCUAUUAAAAUAUAAAAAUAAGCUGAAUGCCUCUCACUUUUAAUUUAUUACUUUGUCGUUCUAAAACUACCCAUUAGUCAACGGAAUUCUCAUAAUACAGCCAAUAAAACUGUUUUAGAGAAUUUAAAUGGAUAUUAAAUAACAAUUGGACGAGUAAAAUAAGAAAAUUUUAUCUUAUGUCAAAUGACUUCAAAAUCCCAUUUAAUGUCGUAAUAACGUUUAACUGUGGCUGUAUGUCUUUUUACUAUGACCGGGAGACUAAUUGUGAUUUUUUUUAUACCACGACGGUGGCUAGCAAGCAUACGGCCCGCCUGAUGGUAAGCAGUCACCGUAGCCUAUGGACGCCUGCAACUCCAGAGGUUUUACAUGCGCGUUGCCGACCCUUUAAAAAUCUGUACACUCCUUUUUUGAAGAACCUCAUACUGUAGACCCUCGGGAAAACCUCGGCAGGUAGCUCAUUCCACAACCGGAGCGUGCGCGGGAGGAAGCUCCUCUUAAACCGCACAGUGCGUGACCAUUUAGGUUCUAGGGUGUGAGGAUGAACACCCUGCCGACGGCGGGCGGUGCGGUGAUAGAAAGUAGCCGUGGGCAUCAUGUCAAACAAUUCUUCAGAGCAUAGCCCAUUGUACAAGCGGUAGAACACACAUAAGGAGGCAAAGUCUCUCCUUAGACUUAAAGGUUCAAUACCGCUUGUGAGUUUGGGAUCGUCGACGAUUCGUACAGCACGUCUUUGAACUGAGUCGAAGGGCCCAAGCUGGCAUCCAGGUGCUCCUGCCCAAAGGUGACAGCAAUACUCCAUAUGGGAUCUGAUUUGUGAUACCUGAAAACUGGUUUAACUAAUCAUUCUCUAUAAUUUUCAUUUAAUGUUUUUCUUAAGCAUUAUUUCCAAGUUUGUUUUUAUAAUUUUUGAACCAAUGGUUUAAAAGUUAGAGAGGGAGGGACACGAUUUAAAUUCUUUCGGAGCAAUUAUUGCCGAAAAUAUAAAUUUAAUUUAAAAAAUGUUGAAGACCCCUAUUCAUUUUGAAACCUAUCCAAUGAUACCCCACACUCAGAGGCGACGCUAGACGUGGGCGAUGUGGGCAAACCCUAGGGCCUCGCGGUCCGAGGGGCCUCGCGUCUGAAAUACGUAUAACUUGGACGCAACGUAAAAAUUUAUCCGUUACUUCUUGCGCCACCAGAGGGUGGGAGGGCGGUAAAUGUAACUUGCCCACACCAAAUUUUGGUCUUGUCCCGCCACUGCCCACACUAUAGGGACCGUGCGCGUUGGAGGGUCUGCCAUCUUGUGGCCUGAAUCGGAACCAUAAACAUGCACAUUUACACGUCACGUGUUUUCUUGUGCAUAGUAGGUUCUGCCAUCUUGCGGGCUACAUCGGAACAAUAAACAUCACAUUUACGCCUCGCGCCAAAAAUCUGACGGCUCCUGUGCUCCUGUCCUACAGUUCAUGCACGCUCCCUAUAGGGUUGAAGCGAAAAAUUACAUUCCCACUUUACACUGAAGAGAGCCCUGAAAAAAUAUAUUUUAGAUUUUAUUUUACGAAUUUGUUCGAUUGAUCAUAACGCAAAGCCUUGGACAGACAGACGGACAUGGCUAAACUAUAAGGGUUCCUAGUUGACUACGGAACUCUCACUAACUAUAUAAUACAAAAGAAUAAGCGUUAUCAUAGUAAAAAUGCCCAUUUAAAAAAAACGAACUAUCGCAACAACAAUUUCCAGACCAAAUUAUCUCACGAAAUUCAAUGUCACCUGGCCACCAAGACGGCUAUUGCGAUGCGAACGCCGUGCGAUUUCUUUCUUUGGGGUCUUGUAAAAUAUUUAUUUGAAUAAACCAGAAACAAUUCCUGAGCUCAAAGCAGAGAUCCAACGUCUUUGUCAAAAAGUCAUGAAAAGAGAGAAUGGCUUGUCAUCAGAGCCGUGGAGGCCAUUUGCCAGAUAUUUUAUUCCAUGAAUAUUCGGAACAUGUCUUCUUUACAAUGCAAUAUAAAUAUCACAAGUUACUCAAAAAAUACAUCUUAUUGCACUUAAAUAAGUGCACUCCUCUUGAGACACCCUUUAUAUUAUUUUAUUAAAAUCUGUAGAGUAUGUAACUUGUUCCUACUAUAUGUAUGCAAUCUGAUUCCUUAGACAUUCCUGACAAAUUGUGUCUCACCGACUCGUUUGUUUAAGGCUUCAUUUCCACCAGAGAUGUGCGAGGAUGCGUAGUGAGGGAUGUACUCGUAUUUGUUAACAACCUAUAGAAUCAUUUCAUUUACCUCGCUUGGCGCAGCCCUUUCGGCAAUUUUCUAAUAGUUCUUAAUAAACACAUCCCACGCUCCGCAUCCUCGCACAUCUUUGAUGGAAUGGCAGCCUAAUUAGUGAAAAUUACGUAUUUAAUAGGGUAAAAGCACCAAUGCCCAGCCAUGCGCCAGUGGUUAGCCUUUCUUGCUUAUUUCUGGCUGUAAUUAUUUUUUGUAAUUUUCAUGUCAACAGUAGUUAACAUUUUAGACUGAUAAAUUAUUCAUUGAAAAAUAGCUUAAUUUUUAAAAUAAUUAUCUAGCAUGCAUCACAAUACUACUUCAAAAAAGUGCUGUCUUUUUUUGACAACACGUUAGCAGCCACAUUGUAAUUACUUGUUAAGCAAACGUGGCUUGCUUCAUAUACCUCCUAAGUAUACUGAGGCAAGUGCAAAAUCAGGAUUUUGCAGGAGAGCGGUUCAAAGGUAAAACAGAACGUAACUUCCUUAUUUGUUAAAGUAAUUCCAUACAAUUUUAGAAUUGUUCCGGCGAAAUCUCUUAGAUUAUGUCUGCAUUCAUAGAAUUCUAAAGUUUAUCGCAGUUUAUGAUAUAAGAGUAUAUAUACUCCAGUAUACGCGUAUUUUAGCCGAACCAACAUGCACUUGCUCCAGUAUACGUCAAAUAUUGUUAAUUUUAACAAUAAAAUUUGUUUCAAAGUAGAAUUGUAAAUUAUUUAAUAAUGAAUACAUUUUUAUCAGAUAAUUGUAA